AUGGCAGCGACACCUAAGGACGAGUCGGCGCCAGAGCAACAACAUCGAGAAGACGAGAUGUCACGAGAUACGAGUCUGAGCAACGAUGGAGACAACUUCCUGAAAGAAAAGAAAGACUCUUCGGAUGCAGUCGGCGAUUGCCCAAAGCAACCCGCACAACCAAGCUCUCGAAAAUCGAACAGACUGCCCCCGAAGAAGGUAGUCGUCAGACCAGAUGAAAGAGCCAUCGCAGCCGAUCGAGCAUUGUUCUUUCAAUCAUUGGCCCCACAGGCACCACGCCAACUCUCCUGGGUCUCCUACCUACACAGCACGGCGGUAGCCAGACAGCAGUUUCAAGCACGAUUUAUAGAACUGUUCUUUAGCAAAGACGGUUCAAGAUUCGCAGGCUUCGACUACAUCCUACGAUCAGCGCCGAAGAGCCCUACUCUGAUGUAUUGCCUUGAUGCUGUCUGCCUAGUCCACGUAGGCAUCGCGAGCAAAGACAUGAGACUGCGCGAGGCUGCACGCAAAACGUACGGUCUGGCAGUCUCGAGUCUACGCUUUGAGCUUGCCAAUCCGAAACGAAGCCCGUCCAUCCUGCUUGCGUCGAUGCAUGUACUCCUGAUCUGCGAACUCUUUUCCGACAUUGCGGCCCCAGACGGCAUGGGUGCCCGACGACAUGUUCGUGGAAUGAUGCAGAUGUUGGAGUACUUCAACCCUACUGAUCUCGACCCCGGCGUGCGGGCAUUGCUCGGGGCGCAGCUGAAUGGAGUGGCCACAUGGGACGCUGUCUUCGAACGAAAAGGCCUGAGAGGCUUCAGAAAUUUACAAGUAGCUCUCUCGGGCGGCACAACGUUCAGCUCGGCCACAGACAUGAUCUCGGUCGCGGUGCGGGUGCCUGAAGUGCUUGAGCGCGCUGGCAAGAUCACCCACAAGGGUUCAGCGGCGUCAGUGGAGUCUAUACUUGAGACGAUCAACGACAUUGUCGCCAUUGAAGGCGAGCUUCAAGACGCGAUGGUCAGCUGGUACGAGAAGAUCGAAGACCAGCCAUAUCGACUUACCGCCGUCUCCCAAAUCCCAGACAUCCAUUCUGCUUUCAACAAUCACGAAAGCGUCUUCCAAAAUGCAUACUUAUUCAAAGACGCACUCAGUGCCUCCAAGCAAAGGUCGUACUGGGUCUUGAUGCUCUGCCUCAUCCAAGGAAGACUAAAGCUUUGCGAAGCGCACCCCGGGCUACUCAUCCUGCAAUCCCACGACGACAUCCAGAGACUCAACGGCAUGGCGUACGAAUAUGCAGACAGCAUCUGCAUGUCCCUGGCCACCGACAUCCAACCAGAAAACGGCUAUGUCGCACUGGCGUCAGCAAUCUUCCCGCUUCAAAUCGCAAUGCACUGGUAUGGCAGGAAGAUUGACAUUCCCAAGAUGGCCUGGUGUCAGAAGAUUCUGGGGGUAUUUGAGGCUGCUGGGAUGGCACCACCGCGCAUGGCGAGCACUUCAGCGGAUUGUUUGAAGCCUUCAGAUCCGGCCUCCUGUUAG